AUGAGGUUUCACGAUAACAUUUUUGCCUUUUUUUUUUUGGCAUCGAUUUGCCAACAUGUGCAUGGUGCAAGACAAGGCAUUCGUCCAAAGGAGAAAAUGACUACUUCCGAAGAAGUUCAAAAUUGGAAACGUACAAUUUAUAAAUCUAUAGUUGAAAUCGUUACUCCAACGGUCAUAGCUGGUGUUACCUUCUCUGCUAAACCAGAAGAAACACCAAAUCCUCUGAAACCUUGGGUAUCUUUGGGGCAUGAUGGUAAAGCGAAGACUAUUAAGCCAAAGAUCGAUAAAGGCCAAACCAAAAAAGGAACACCUGAUUAUUCGACCUAUUUUAAGACUGCAAGUGCGCAUACAUAUUCGUAUGAUGAGUUGAAAGCCCACAAUAUGGACCCUAAUGAAGUUUUUGAAGAAGUGGAGUUCAUUGACGAAGAUGAUACGUACGUCUCUCUAAAUCCCAUUAUUAGAUGUACUCCUCACAAUUAUUUCUUCAAAGGGUUUGCAAAAGAUAUUAGCAGUGAACCAUUUUGUACACCUUAUCAUACUUCUAGAUGGAAAGUUGGUGAAACAUACUUUGUUACGUGGUACACAAGGUUUUUUGAACAUGAGCACUCCGGUGAAGUUGCCGAUGAGGUUCGUGUCCAUUUGUCGUAUGUCAAGGAAAGCUAUGCGGAUAAGGGUAAUUACAAGAGAGAUGUUAAAGGAGCUUUUUUCUCAUAUGACUGGAUUAAAAAUGUCGAUGGUUUACAGGCAGUCGAAGUCAAAGAAGACUGGUUACAAGGAGAAUUCGAACGUAGCAUAGUUGUUUCUGUUCAGCCAAGAUACAUACCAGAAGAUGAGUUCGACCCACUACAAAACGGUGUUGUAUUGCAUAUCACCAAGGGUUCUAGGGUGUUCAAGCCUACAAAGGAGCAAUUGGCUUUGGAUGAAGCAGGUAUAACAAACGGCCAAUGGUACUAUGUUGCAUUAUCUAUUCCUACUGUCGUGGUCAUCUUUUUUGUCUUCAUGUACUUUUUCUUGUACGCUAAUGGAAACAACAGAGAUUUCACUGACGUUACAAGAAAUGCCUUAAAUAAGAAACGCCGUGUACUAGGUAAGUUUUCGGAAAUGAAGAGAUUCAAAAAUAUGAAGAAUCAUAAGUAUACCGAACUACCAUCUUAUAAGAAAACCAGUAAACAAAAUUAG